GUUCAGCUUUUGAGGAAACACACACACAGAAACUCACACACAACACUCGCUUUCCGUCAGACACCGGCUGUGCUGUAUGUUUUGAGGAGCUGAAGGAUGCAUCUGGUGGUUUAUUUCCUGAUGAUAUUAACAUACACACAUGCAGAUUAUCCUGCGUUUAAAGCUCUUCUGUCAGAGAAGGGGCUCAGAAAUGUGUCUCAGAUGCUGUCUGUCCAAAUACAAAGCAAACUGAAGAGCGCUGAACUCCCAGAGGUCCGGGGUGGGGUGGACAUCAAGAUCGGCACUGUCAGUUAUGUCUUAUCAAACAUGCGGGUGGUGCAGUGCAGCAUGCCAGACCCAACAUUGGUGUUUGUGGAGGGGACAGGUGUAUCUGUGGAGGUCACUCAACUCACACUCACCAUCAAUGGCAGAUGGGCAACAAAGUUCGGCAUAAUCCAUGACAGCGGCUCAUUUGAUCUGACUGUGAACAAUAUCGACAUCUACACUGUCCUGCAGUUAGGAGAUGAUGCUGGCCGUGUCUCCAUCGCCACUGUUCAGUGUAGUGCUGGUGUAGGAGGUGUGGAUAUGAACUUCCAUGGAGGAGCUAGCAUUAUUUUCCAGCCAUUUGUAAGUGCCUUUAGUGGACAUAUAAAAGACAAGAUACGUGAGCAGAUUUGCCCGGCAAUUCAACAAGCAAUAAAUGGAUUAGAGACGACUCUACAGGAACUACCUGUUAACAUACCUAUGGGUCAGUAUCUAUAUCUGAGCAUCCCUCUCACAUCCUCCCCGGCUGUGAAGGAUCAAAGCUUUGAGUUAGAUAUUAAGGGUGAGUUUUACAGCCGCAGUUCUCCGUCUGAACCGCCUUUCUCUGCGAGUGUGUUUGACGUGCCGUAUGCAGAAAACUACAUGCUUUCAAUGGCGGCCUCUGAGUUCUCAGUAAACUCAGCAGCGUAUGCAUACCUCAGCUCUGGAGCUCUUCAGAUCAACAUCAGAGAUGACAUGAUACCAAAGAGUUCUCCAAUCCAUCUGAACACCAGUCAGUUUGGUGCCUUCGUUCCACAGCUACGCACAUUGUAUCCCGACAUGGAGAUGCAGGUGCUGUUGUACGCCAGUGAGACGCCUCUGUUCUCCUUCAGUUCAGGGGUGAUAGAGAUUCAUGUGCCGGCUAAAGCAAAGUUCUCCGCUGUUAAACCUGACGCUACGCUGGUGCCUCUCUUCACACUGGAUGUGGACACCAGCUUCGGUGGAAGUGCUCAGAUUGACAAAAACCUGACUGGAGCUUUCCAAAUGAAAAAUUUUACGCUGGCUCUCGGAUCAUCUGAGAUUGGUGAUUUUAAGACGGACUCACUCGAGCAAAUGGCAGUGGUGGCAGUGAAGAUGUUUGUACUUCCAAAACUAAAUGCGGUCCUGAAGGCUGGCUUUCUCUUACCCACACUGCAAGGCUUUAGCUUGAUCAAUUCUCAAUUGCUUAUAAAAAAUGGCUUUGUGGCCAUGUUUACUGAUGUCCAGGACUCCUCGAAGCUCCUCACAUGAACUGCACAGAAUAACACAUAACUGUACAACUGCAGAAUUAUUUUCAGUGUAAGAAUUAUAAAAGCAUUACGUGAAAUGACCAUUUAUACAAGUUGAUCAAAUUUGACCAUGCUGUUUUUCCACACAAUAUUAUGUACACACUUUUUUGCCACUCAUCCAUGUAAAAUGUAUAUUGGGUUUAAUGUACAGAGUAUUUAGUACAGUUUACUGUGAAAAAAAGAAAGUACUAAUAAUCCCUAUAAUAACCUGGCUUGCAUGGAAGGCUGGCACGAUGUCUUUUAUCUAUGAGCUAGAGUUUGUGUGAAAGCUUAUUAACCCUUUAGGCACCAGAGUUUUUUUCCCAAAACGUUCGAUUUUGACAUCUUAAUUUCAAAAUACUAUAUCUUAAAAGUGAUAUAAGAUAGAGACUUUCUCAAAAUUAGAGAAAUAUUAAGGAUGGCCCAAAGUUUAUGUAGGGAUUACAUUUUCCCAUCUAAUUUGCAUAUUUUGAAUGUUGGCGACAGUCUUGGAUUAUAGAAUUUUCAUGAAAAGUCACAUGUUUAAAUGAUAAAAUGCAGCACUUCUUUCUCCCCAAAAUGUCCAAUACUGAAUGCUCAGGUAUAUAGUAAGUAGUAAACAAACUGUGUAAAUCAUUACUAAUAAAUGGUAGAAACAAACCGAA